GUCUAUGCAAUAUUAGUUAGUCACCCUCCUGCUCCCAACGAUCACCUAACACCAACACCCGUAUCAUACACAGCUGGCUUCUACAGGAUCCCUGUCAUUGGUCUGACAACACGCAUGUCUAUAUAUUCGGAUAAGAGCAUCCACCUGUCCUUUUUGCGCACGGUCCCACCAUACUCUCACCAGGCCAACGUCUGGUUUGAGAUGAUGAGAGUCUUCAACUGGAAUCACGUCAUUCUGAUAGUCAGUGACGACCACGAAGGUCGUGCUGCACAAAAGAAGCUGGAGACCCUCUUGGAGGAGAGAGAGUCCAAGAGUAAAAAAAGGAACUAUGAAAACCUCGACCAACUUUCCUAUGACAACAAGCGAGGACCCAAGGCUGAGAAAGUGCUUCAGUUUGACCCUGGAACCAAAAACGUGACGUCGCUGCUGCUGGAGGCCAAAGAGCUGGAGGCUCGUGUCAUCAUCCUUUCUGCCAGUGAGGAUGAUGCGGCCACGGUGUACAGAUCAGCAGCCAUGCUCAAUAUGACAGGCUCCGGCUACGUGUGGCUGGUGGGGGAACGGGAGAUAUCAGGCAAUGCCCUGCGUUACGCCCCUGAUGGAGUCAUUGGUUUGCAGCUCAUCAAUGGGAAGAACGAGUCAGCUCACAUCAGUGACGCCGUGGCGGUGGUGGCCCAGGCUGUGCACGACUUGUUUGAGAAGGAGAAUAUCACAGACCCGCCACGGGGCUGUGUGGGAAACACCAAUAUCUGGAAGACAGGACCCCUUUUCAAGAGGGUGCUGAUGUCCUCCAAGUACUCGGAGGGUGUCACCGGGCGGGUGGAAUUCAAUGAGGAUGGGGACAGGAAGUUUGCCAACUACAGCAUCAUGAACCUGCAGAAUCGGAAACUGGUCCAAGUUGGGAUUUACAACGGCAGCCAUGUCCUGACCAAUGACCGGAAGAUUAUCUGGCCAGGGGGAGAAACCGAGAAACCUCAAGGCUAUCAGAUGUCAACCAAGUUGAAGAUUGUGACGAUCCACCAAGAGCCCUUUGUGUAUGUGAAGCCCACGCAAGCAGACGGGACAUGCAGGGAGGAGUUCACCAUCAAUGGAGACCCCGUGAAAAAGGUCUUUUGCACUGGACCCAACGAGACCAUCCCAGGCCGUCCCACGGUGGCACUGUGCUGCUAUGGCUUCUGCAUUGACCUGCUCAUCCGGCUGGCGGGGGUGAUGAACUUCACCUACGAGGUUCACCUGGUGGCUGAUGGUAAAUUUGGUACCCAAGAGCGGGUCAACAACAGCAACAAGAAGGAGUGGAACGGGAUGAUGGGGGAGUUGCUGAGCGGCCAAGCAGACAUGAUCGUGGCUCCCCUCACCAUCAACAACGAGCGGGCACAGUACAUUGAAUUCUCCAAGGCCUUCAAGUACCAGGGCCUGACCAUCCUUGUGAAGAAGGAAAUCCCCCGCAGCACCCUGGACUCAUUCAUGCAGCCCUUCCAGAGCACGCUGUGGCUGCUGGUGGGGCUGUCCGUGCACGUGGUGGCAGUGAUGUUGUACCUCUUGGACCGAUUCAGCCCAUUUGGCCGGUUCAAAGUGAACAGCGAGGAGGAGGAGGAAGAUGCCCUGACCCUCUCCUCGGCCAUGUGGUUUUCCUGGGGAGUCCUCCUGAACUCCGGCAUCGGAGAAGGUGCUCCCCGGAGUUUCUCUGCCCGUAUUCUUGGCAUGGUGUGGGCUGGCUUUGCUAUGAUCAUUGUGGCUUCAUACACUGCCAACCUGGCAGCCUUCCUGGUGUUAGACCGGCCUGAGGAGAGAAUCACAGGCAUCAAUGACCCCCGGCUGCGCAACCCCUCUGAUAAGUUCAUCUAUGCCACGGUGAAGCAGAGUUCGGUGGACAUCUACUUCCGACGGCAGGUGGAGCUGAGCACCAUGUACCGGCACAUGGAGAAACACAACUACGAGAGCGCUGCCGAAGCCAUCCAGGCAGUCAGGGACAACAAGCUCCACGCCUUCAUCUGGGACUCAGCAGUGCUGGAGUUCGAAGCCUCCCAGAAGUGUGACCUGGUGACGACGGGGGAGCUUUUCUUCCGCUCCGGCUUUGGGAUCGGGAUGCGCAAGGACAGCCCGUGGAAGCAGAACGUCUCCCUGGCCAUCCUCAAGUCC